AUGGAUACAUUGCACGUGGGACAUGGUCAUAGCAAAGGGUCCAGUAGGAGCCAGUCACCUUCAGCCGCGGAUUUGAGGGACCCUGCUGUCGUCACCGAUGACGUCAUCAGGUCCAGGGUUCAAUCUCCAUCGGCUGCACAUCAUGAGGGUCGACAUGGCGAAUCCCGUCCGCAUCACGUUAAAUCCCAUUCCAGGGAUUUGGGCAGCAAUCCGCUGUGUAGCAGCACAACAGCAAACACAUCCAGAGACUUGGAAGAGUCGCCACAAAAGAAGCCCAGUAUACAUCCAGACUACACGUUCGCUGUAUGCAGUCCCAACGUGUCGUAUGCUCUGUCAUCAGCUGAUGAGUACGGCUCGCCAGCUUACAGAAGUCAAGAUGGAGAUUAUAUGAGCCAAGAGGAUAUGGAUGGUAAUUCAACAGCGACUUCGUCUAAGGCACAAGCUGCCAUUGCUCAUCUAAACGCUAAGAUAGAACGCACUAAAGACCUCAUACGAUUAGAACAGACUACCAGAGAUGAGAACGUGAACGAAUACCUCAAGCUAGCGGCGAAUGCUGACAAACAACAACUGGCUAGGAUCAAGGCGGUGUUUGAGAAGAAAAACCAAAAAAGUGCGCUCUGUAUAGUACAGCUACAGAAGAAACUUGAAGGGUACAACAAGAGAAUUAAAAGCUGGGAGCAACACGGCACUAGCGGCCAAUCGCACAGACAACCAAGGGAAGUGUUGCGAGACAUGGGACAAGGACUCAAGAACGUGGGCGGUAACAUUCGUGACGGCAUCACGGGUCUCGGCGGCAGUGUGAUGUCGGCGCCCAGAGAGUUCGCUCACCUCUUCUCACGGUCCAACCGCUUCGGAUCAGCUGAUAACAUCGCACACCUCGCCGAAAACACUGGCCCCUCACCACAACACGCGGAACUGAGAGCGAACGCGUCGUCUGAAGGCUCCCGUGCGUCGGAGGGCGAAGGCGCCCGGGGCUCCACGCUGCCCCGCGCGGGCGCCGCCCCCUCGCCCGCACAGAAGUACGUCUCGCCAGAGGCUUCGCCCUCCUCCUCCGUCACCAGCGAGGGAGCCCCUUAUCCAACACAAACGAAUUCAAACAACAUCGAAGCUUCGUUUAGUCUCAAACCUAUUCUGAACGAGUUAAAGGAGAGAAGAGAAGAUUACGAGAGGAUCGCUGAGAAGAUAGAUGCCUUGAAGAACCUGUCCCAGGAGGUAUCGUUCCUAUCAGCCGCUCUUCAAGAGGAACGGUUCAAGGCUGAGAGGCUCGAGGAACAGAUUAACGACCUCACUGAACUACAUCAAAAUGAGGUUGAAAAUUUGAAGCAGGCUCUAACAGACGUGGAGGAAAAGGUACAAUAUCAGAGCGAGGAACGAAUAAGAGACAUACAUGAAGCUUUGGACCUGUGUCAAACUAAGAUCAGUAAGUUAGAGCAGUGGAUGUCAGGGGGUGCGGGCGGCGGUGGCGCGGGCGGCGGCGGGGGUGAGGCGGGCGGGGCGGCGGCACUUCCCCCCCGGCUGCUGCUCGUCAAGCUGCUGAACGUGGCCAUCACGCUGUUGCAGCUGGCAUUACUGCUUGUGGCCACGGUCGCUGGUGUGGCCAUGCCGUUCUUGAGAACCAGAGUCCGUGUCCUAACCACUAGCCUCGCUGUAAUGUUGGGUGUGAUGGUAUUAAAACAAUGGCCCGAAGUCACUCAACUAUCAGAACAUCUACUGAAAAGACUCAAGGAAUACUUGUUGGAUAAACAUCACGACAGGUAA